AUGCACAGGAUAACAGCCUCUCCGCCUCUGCAAGCUGAACCGUCGUCAUAUCCAAACCCUCCGUUGGCUUCUGAACGUCCCAACAAUAUCGUCUCGCCGGUUCUAGAUGCACUUGGCUGUCUUAAUGACUCACCAGAGAAUGAUCUAGCUUAUCGUACAGAUAGCUGGGCAAAAUCUAUCCCAUUUGGGAAGAGCCCACCAAAUGACGUUAGUGACGGUGAAAUCGCGAACGGGUCUCCCUUUGCCUUUCCCUCAAACCCCGAGAAGGGCGGUUUUAGCCACCCCUCCUCAACGUCGCCUCUUCCCAGGGCAAGGCCUUUAAGCUAUGGUAACGGAUACAUGAGCGGUGACCUGUCUCGACAGCAAUCUGUAGAUAGGCACAAAAGCCACUCCGUCAGUGGCCCAUUUAGUAACCCGAUUCCGUUGCCGCAUUUGCCCCAGGCCCAUUUCUAUGGAGCACCUGAUAUCGACCUUCCACUCCUCUCUAGCCAGAACAGGCAGUCCACAGGUGAAAAGUACUCCUUCUGUUCCUUUGAUACGAUAUACAGCCCUACAUCCAAGUCGUCGAGAAUGGGAACUAGUGUUCUUGUUGUGGGUUCCGAUGGAUCUUUGGAAGUCCUCGCAGUGGAGGAUCGCAAAACACGACUAAUCGGGAAGCUGGCUGGUCUCAAUGGUCGUGUGAUAGAUGCCAAGGUCCUGGCCUGCAAUCUACCCGAUGACUCGUGCUCAGCAUCUAGACCGCACGUCGCUGUCAUUAUCCAUGGUCCAUGUGUACAACCCGAUGAUGAUACUCAUGGCUCCUCUGUGGGUUCGGAGGUGAAUGAGGUACCUCCUACGCCCAUUGGGAGGCGCUCGGUGAAAGACGAUACAAAAUAUUACCAGACACGUGUCGAGAUAUAUUCACUCAGAACGGGAGACCACAUUACGACUCUUUUCACAAUGAAGCCUUCGCCAUACUUUGAGAGUAUCCCCGGACUGUCUGCAAUUGCACCUUCACCUGCCGGAAAUUUGAAGCUCUUCGCGGGAGGCAAUUACGUAGUCUUGGCAUCCGGAGCUAGUGGCGAGGUAUUCAUCUACAGCAUGAAUGGAUAUCAGUGCUUAGGUAAAACAUGGACGAGCAUUCGCUCACGGGAAUCCCGGCGUUACUCAACCUCUUCAACUUCAACAGACGCUGAUGGAUCUCGGACCGACUCUCCAUCUGGGAUUGCGAACACCGACAGCCCUAUCGUUGCGCUAAAGGGAAGAUGGCUGGCAAUCGUCCCGCCGUCAUCCACGUAUAGGGCGUCGCUUCCAGGGACAGUUCCUCCGUCGUUGAUACAGGGCAAAGUCUAUGGUCUCGACAAUCGGAAUCCUCCAGCAAGGCCGGCAAUAACAUGCGCUACAGACGUUGGCGAGGGCCCGAGCUUCUUUGACAAGGUAGCAAGAGGCGUCACGCAGGAACUUGUGCGAGGUGCAAGAUGGAUGGGCGACCAGGGUCUUCAGGCGUGGAAUAAUUAUUGGAACAAAGACCAGCUACCAACUUCUGCGCCGCGCCGUUCUCCCAACUUGGGAGAUCUGCCGCAGGCAUACAGCGCUUUCCCACCUACUCACGCCCAAGACACUCAUGCUACCACACCCGCGGAGCCUGACCUUGUUUCAAUCAUGGACUUGAAAAGGCUUGAAGACGGCAACGAGACAAAGGCCGCGCUAUUCAACCCCGUUGCCACGUUCCAGCCUCCUGAAGGAUGUAGCUUUCUCUCAUUUUCGCCUAAUGGACUAAUGCUACUUACGGCGAGCACGAACGGAGAUGUUCAACACGUCUGGGAUCUCAUGCAAGCUAAGUACUGUCGAGCCGGGGCAUUUUUGUCAGAGGAUUCCGUGAACACAUGUGCCAACGUGCGCCAAAUCGCACGGUACACACGUCUGACAAAAUCCUACAUUGUCGAUGUAAUUUGGUGCCCUCCUUCAGGAGACCGACUGGCAAUUAUUACGCGGAAAGGGACAGUACACGUCUUUGACCUACCGCGGAGUGCUUUCCAAUGGCCUCCAUUCCGACGAGCUCGCCCAGCAUCCAGUAAACCGCCGGUAACUGACCAAGCGACCGAUGAGUUGUCUGACAAAGCGGCGCCGGUGAACCCUCUGUCAGCGGCGUUUAAGCUCGUUGGAGGUAAGACACAACCCAUAAUCGCUGCGGUUAGAGGUCGUACCGCAAGUGCCGGUGGGGCUUUACCUGCAGUAGGAGGAUUUUCAUCGUCUGCUGGUGUUCGAGGCGGGAAAGUAGUUGCUGCUGGUCUCAGCAAAUCAAUGGGAGCAGCCACCGGAACAGUUAACACGCUCCGUCACGCUGGCGAAAACCGCUUGCACGGGCUGGCCCGUGACCCAGCUGCCUCUCGCGUCACUUGGAUUACGAAUAAGGACCAGGUAUUUCUAGGCUUGGUGGACAGCGGGCACUUCCGGCUCUAUAGGGUGCGGCGUACUAUGUCUACCCAGAAGAAUCGGCAGCUCCAAUCUGUAGUAGGAGGCAAGGAGAUUGAAUUCCGGUUGCCCCCCGUUCUGCAGACGCCCUGCGGCCCUAUGCCUGUUAACGCUUUUAAUGCGGAGACCACCGUUCGCGCGUCGCUGGCCCUGCCGUCUUCCCACCCACGGCCGUCUCUUGCAUCCAAACUUAAAUGCCAGCCUCUCUCCCAGGCGGAGAUCGAGACAAACGCACCUUACCAACCCUUUCACACCGACCAGAGGGUUAAUCUCUACGUAUACCCGGAAACUGGUCAUGCGGACGAACCAUCGAAUCUGCCUACUGGAAAUUGGGUAUUUGGGGAGAGCCUGCCCAUGACCAGAAUACAUGUGCGCCCAUUCAGCGCUGGUGGCGAUGAUGAUGAUGACGAGACGCUACAUGAACACCAACUGGGCUCUGGUGGAGAGAUGGAAAAUCUAAUCAGUCUUGGCAAUAGUACGGGACUCCCUGAGGAGGUUGUGAUCACCACACGCAGGAAGAAGAGACAUGGCUCAUCGUUUCCUUCGGCUGGCUCUGGAGGCGAUGAUGGGUUUUUUGAGGAUGACUGCGACUUCUUGGAUUUCGCCCGGGAUCGGGUCUAA